GUCAUUGCAAUAACUUGUCACGUCCGUUCCGUCAUCCGUCAUGUCAUUUUCACUUUGGGGAUCCAAAAAAUGUGCUGUGUGCGUGGUUUUUGAUUUUCUGGAAUAAUUCCAGGAUUUCGCCCUUAUUUCAUUAAACAUAUUCGAGGAAUCGUUUAUCAUUUUUAUAAUUUUACCUAAGUUUAGCUUUUAAUAUCGAUGGCAUUUGUAACCUCAAGAUAGUGACAUGCGAUUUUAUGAUAAAAAGUACAUAUUAAUAUUUUUUUGUGUAUGCAUUCUAUUUUGAUACAAUGGCAGAUAAAAUAAGAAUAAAUUCAAAAUUUGAUGUCAAGGAGAACUAUGAGCCUUCUGGUUCUGAAGAUGAAUAUACAGAAAAAGAAAAAAAAAUAAUUGCUAAAGUUCAAAAGCGGAAACAUGAAGAUUCAGAUAAUGAGGAUGAAAUUUAUGCAUUCUCAGAGUCAGAUAGAGACUCUGAUAAUGAAGAGGAUGAUCUUGCCAUAGCUGACAGUGACGUAGAAGGGCAAGAAAAAUCAGAUGAUGAUUUACCUGACUCCAAAGCUUGGGGAAAGAAAAAAAAAUCUUACUAUUCUACAGACUAUGUUGAUGAGGACUAUGGCGGGUUUGGUCAAGAUGAAGAGGCAGCUCUUAUGGAAGAAGAAGAGGCUAGAAAUAUACAAAAGCGCCUGUUGGAACAACUUAGUGAAGAAGAUUUUACACUUGAUUUUUUCACAAAACAGAUCCAAGCAGCAGAAGAAAAGGAAUCAGUUAUUAAAAGUGACCUCAGUCAAAUGACAAAGAGGCAAAAAAUACAGCUGUUUGAAAAAGAAAGCCCAGAGUUUGCAGGACUUAUAGAUGAUUUUAAAACAAAAUUGACAGUAGCUAAAGAUGACUUACAGCCAGUUUUAGAAUUGGUGAAAGAUGGCAAAUUACCGAAAUGCCCAGCAUCUAAAUUUGUAAAAACAAAUUAUGAUUUGAUAUUGAAUUACUGCACAAAUAUUAGUUUUUAUUUACUUUUAAAAAGUCAGAGAGUCAAUAUACAAAAUCAUCCAGUCAUAAAACGAUUGUAUCAAUAUAGUCAGUUAUUGAACAAAAUGGAGCCUAUCUAUUUAGAAGUUAUUAAACCUCAAAUUGAAAAAAUUUUGGCAGCCAUGAAGAGUAAUUUGGAAUUAACUGUAACAGAUUUGAAGAUGGAGAAGAAAGAGAGUAUGAAACGCAAAUCUGGAAAAGCAGACCCAGAGUCAGCACCAAAGAAACUCAAAUUAAUAAGUGCCAUUGAGAAAAAUGAUGGUGAGGACACAGGUGUUUCUGAUGAUGAUGGCUUUGAAGGAAAUGAUCUACCCAAUAUGAAUGCUAAAGACAUUGGAAAUGCCAGGUAUGACAAUGAAUCAGAAGAGAGUGGAUUCUCAGACAAUGAUGACACUUUGCCAAAUGAUAAUGAAAUUGAGAACAAACCUUCUACAUCUCAAUCCUUAGUAGUUGAAGGAGAUAAACGUGAAAUUACAUACCAAAUUGCUAAAAAUAAAGGUUUGACACCACAUAGAAAGAAAGACCAGAGAAAUCCCAGAGUUAAACAUAAGCUAAAGUACAGAAAAGCUAAGAUCAGAAGGAAGGGUGCAGUACGUGAGCCUCGAACUGAGGUCACCCGUUAUGCAGGUGAAGCUUCUGGUAUUAAGGCUAAUGUUAAGAAAAGUGUUAAAAUUAAGUGAUUUUUCAUUGUAUUUAUUUAUUGAAAAAAUAAUGUAUAUUGUACAAUGAAUCUUAUUUCUACAAUAAAAUAAUCCACUGA